AUGGUUGAGGCAGAUCGCCCCGGGAAGCUUUUCAUUGGGGGGCUCAACCCCGAAACCGAUGAAAAAGGCCUAGAGGCCGCGUUUGGCAAGUAUGGCCGCAUCAGCGAGGUUCUCUUGAUGAAAGAUCGAGAAACCAGCAAGUCCAGGGGCUUCGCGUUUGUCACCUUCGAAAGCCCAGCGGACGCCAAGGCCGCCGCCAGAGACAUGAACGGCAAGUCCCUGGAUGGUAAGGCCAUCAAGGUGGCCCAGGCCACCAAGCCGGCGUUUGAGAGCGGGCGGCGAGGCGCGCCGCCGCCGUCCCGCAGCCGUGGUCGCCCAAGGGGCCUGCGCGGGAGCCGUGGGGGCGGCGGAGGCCCGCGGCGACCCCCGUCCCGGGGCGGGCCGGCGGACGACGGCAGCUACGCGGGGGAUUUCGAUCCGCGGCCCUCCAGGGCCCCGCUGCCCAUGAAGCGCGGGCCGCCACCGCGCAGGGCCGGGCCGCCCCCCAAGAGGGCCGCACCGUCGGGUCCGGCUCGCAGCGGCGGCGGCAGCGGCAUGCGUGGACGGGCUACGGCCGCGCGGGGGCGAGACGGCUAUGCGGGCCCGCCGCGCCGGGAACCGCCGCCUCUGCGCCGCGACCCCUACCUAGGCCCCCGGGAGGAGGGCUACUCGCCCAGAGAUGGCUACUCGACCCGAGACUACCCCCGCGAGUUUGCUCCCUCGCCCCGAGAGUACACCUACCGCGAUUACGGCCACGCCAGUGCCCGGGACGACUGCCCGUCGAGAGGCUACGGCGACCGAGACGGCUAUGGGGGGCGCGACCGUGACUACGCGGACCACCCAAGUGGAGGCUCCUACCGAGACCCCUUCGAGAGCUACGGAGACCCGCGCAGUACCGCCACAGCGCGGGGGCCCCCGCCUUCUUACGGCGGAGGAGGCCGCUACGACGAGUACCGCGGCUGCUCGCCUGACGUCUACGGCGGCGGCCGCGACGGUUACGGCGGCGGCCGCAGCGACCGCUACUCGAGGGGCCGCGACCGGGUAGGCAGAGCCGACCGCGGGCUCUCCCCGUCCUUGGAAAGAGGGUGCCCUCCACCGCGCGAUUCUUACAGCCGCUCUGGCCGCAGGAUCCCCAGGGGCGGAGGCCGCCUGGGAAGCCGCCCCGAGAGAGGGGGAGGCCGCAGCAGAUACUAA